AUGGCAGCCAUAAGAAAUGUCACGCAUUUUAUUUGCGGUGGCACGCUAAUUCACAAACGCUUUGUGUUAACUGCUGCGCAUUGCAUAUAUAGGCAGGGAAUCCUAUUUGUUUGGUUGGGAGCAUAUAACAGAAAUGAACCAACAAAACGGAGAAAUGUCUCAAAAGCAUUGACACAUCGUUUGUACAACGGACAGCCUGUAAAUGGUUAUGAUAUAGGCCUGCUCAAGUUGUCCAGCAGCGUCGUCUACAAUGUUCGCAUUCAUCCAAUCUGCAUAGUUUUGGAUAGAAAUAUUAAGAACGAUGUAGAAACAAUGGCCACCUUCAAAGCCUUCGGCUGGGGAUUAACUGAAUACAGGGGAUACGAAAGUGAUAUUCUACAAACCAUCGUCAUCGACCAUUUAGAUCGAACAAAGUGCGUAAGGGGACUGGGAACAAUGAGUCUCAGUCUAACCCAGCUAUGUGCUGGCUCUUCAUCCGGGGACACUUGUGAGGGCGAUUCAGGUGGUCCAUUGACCAACAAGAUCGUUCUUAAUGGAAGCGUUCGCGAAGCUCAGUUCGGGAUCGUGAGCAUUGGCACCCAAUACUGCGAUGGACUUGGAGUUUACACCGAUGUGACAAGCUACGUGGACUGGAUUGAGGCUGUCAUUCAAAGGUUUGAUACUGAGGAGCAAUCAGAGUCCCCAGGAAUCAAGCAAAUUCCUCUACAGCCUCGCAUGGAUCAAGAUAUGUGGUUGUACGGAGACUGUGGUGGAAAUACCAUAGCAUCUCAUUUACAGGCAAGGAUUAAUGGACCUAAUUUGAUGGCCCAGGGCGUGAUGAUAACGGACCUCGGAGUGAAACCGAUUUGCAUGCUUGCGAACCUAGAAGACCAGCAGGAGGCAACGUCCACUCCAACUUUUACUGUAUUUGACUUUGUGCAAGCUGGAGGACGCAAAAGAAUUUUUGAUUACGGUGUUUCACUUAUUAACCACUACCAAUGUUCACUCGGCAUCCAGGACGCAAUAGAACCAGAUCAACUUUGUGUGGAAACUCCUCGCGGAAUAAGUCAGAAUUUUGGAAAACCUGGCGACGUUUUGGGUAAAAAGAUUCUGCUUUCGGGAAAGGAACGAAUCUUCAACGGAAAGGAUGCAUUCGUUGAAGACGCCGCCUGGAUGGCAGCCAUAAGAAAUGCCACAGAUUUUAUUUGCGGUGGCACGCUGAUUCACAGACGUUCGUAUUUUGAUACAGAGCAAGAUUGGAAUAUAAUAUAA